AUGCUGAAGUGGGUCCUUCGAAAGGUUACAGGAAAAUGUGAAUUACUCAGGAUUACAUAUGAGGAAGGAGAUACUAUUGAGCGGACAAAAAGAAUUGAGGACUCUCUGAGACAUUCAAGGAACUCAGAGCUGAAAACUUGUGCAACAAGUGUAGACUUCAUUGUUGAGGAGUCCGCCAAGACAAUAGCAUCUAUAAAAAGUGUUGUUCCUGAGGUCCACCCACGGUUUGAGAAUUCUCUACGUGACUGCUUACAGCGGAUCAAAACCUACAAUAAAAUAUUAGCUGAGGCUGAAGAGUUGCGAAAAGAGAAAUUUUCUAAAGCUGACCCAACACACGAGGCUAAGUUGGUUCAGCUUUGGAAUGUCUACAGUGACGUGCCUCUACCUCAGUCAGUGGGACAGCACUGGACAGACUUGGGUUUCCAGGGACUGGACCCAGGCACAGAUUUCCGAGGCAUGGGCAUGUUAGGUCUGGAGCAGCUAAUUUAUUUUGCACUGACUUACCCUGCUGAAGCCAGACAAGUGCUCAGUCAGUCACAUCAUCCCAAGUAUGGAUUCUCAUUUGCUAUUGUGGGCAUCAAUAUGACAGAAAUGGGCUAUACCCUACUCUUCAAGGGACGGCUGAGGUCACAUUUUUAUGGUCUCGAUAAGCCUGAUCCAGAUCUAGUGGACUUACAUCAAGUGUAUUGUUAUUUACUGUACGAGUUCACACAAUUUUGGCAAUCAGAGAAACCACGGGACAUUAUGGAGUUCAGCCGCCUGCGGGAAAAGUUCCGCAAGAACAUACAAAAGGCUUUGAAAGCACCAAAAGUUCGACUGCUGUCAUCAUUCCAGGAAGUGCCCAAACAUUAG